GGCGUCAUAGGCAUGCUGAUACCGAAACAUUGUCACGUGACAAGCCAAAGUCCAAUAACGGCGUCGGUUAACUUAUUAUAUGGAACUCGAAGUCGCUUAGACUCAAACCAAAUAAACGUUUAUAAUACGAAGUCCUUAGCGAACUUAACUUGAGGUCUAGUAGCGGAGACAAAAGGAGAAUAAUUUGGUUGUUUUCAACAUGAGUCGCUCCACCAGAAGUACAGUAGGAAAACAAGACAAAAGUGAGAGUAAUGUUGACUUGGGGACCCAGAAGAGUGAGGAAGAAAAGUAUGUGGUAGAGAAAGUUGUCGAUAAAAGAAAGAGAAAAGGAACAGUGGAGUAUCUUCUCAAAUGGAAAGGCUAUGAUGAAAGUGAAAACACAUGGGAGCAGGCAGAAAACAUGGAUUGUCCUGGUUUAAUUUCCGAGUUUGAAAACCAGACAAAAAAGAUAAAAAAACAAGAAGAAGAAUAUGUAGUGGAAAAGAUUAUGGAUAAAAGGGAAAGGAAAGGGCAAAUUCAAUAUCUUCUGAAAUGGAAAGGUUAUGACCAUAGUGCUAAUACAUGGGAAAAUGAAGAAAACCUGGAUUGUCCUGGUUUAAUUUCAGAGUUUGAAAAUGAGAAAAGCAUAGCAGGAAAAGCCAGUGACGAAUUGUACACUGUUGAACAAAUCAUAGACAAAAGAAUUGUGAAAGGCAAAGUCGAGUACCUCUUAAAAUGGAAAGGUUAUGAUCAUAGCCAAAAUACAUGGGAAAGCAAAGAAAACAUGGAGUGCCCAGAUCUGAUCGCAGCAUUUGAAAAGAUGAAGAAAGAAAGAAAAAGCCAUAAAAAUAAUAAGUCAGCAAGAAACUCAUAAGUUUGUGCACCCACUUUGACACAGAAAGAUUUAAGCGGAAGAAGAUUGGAUUACAAAAGAUGUAGCGAACGCGCCUUAACUUUCGUACUUGAAUGUAGGGUUUGUUACUGUUCCUUUAUGCACAAAUCGGUCUCAGUAUCCUUUGUCCAUACCGUUCCUCUUCAUGGAUUUUAUCUCCUGAUUUUGUUACUUCCCAAACCAUUUUCAUGUCAUACGCUCCCUAGUUCAACAAGAUUGUUUCCCCGUCCCACCUUAUGAAAUGUUUUCGCAGGAUACCAAUAAAUACAUCAUAAUUUCUUGAUGAA